CCGUGUCCAUGGAGAGCGGCUGAGCUGCCGCAGGACCUCCCUGGAAAGGGAAAGGAGGGGGGAGGAGGUGGAGGAGGCGAAGGAGGGAAAGAUGUCUGCUUCAUUGGUGCGAGCCACAGUCCGGGCGGUGAGCAAGAGGAAGCUGCAGCCCAUCCGGGCAGCCCUCACCCUGACACCAGCAGCUGUGAAUAAGAUAAAACAGCUUCUUAAAGAUAAACCUGAAAAUGUAGGUCUGAAAGUUGGGGUCCGGACCAGAGGUUGUAAUGGACUGUCUUACACUUUAGAAUAUACCAAGACUAAAGGAGAGUCUGAUGAAGAAGUUGUUCAGGAUGGAAUUAGAGUGUUCAUCGAAAAGAAAGCACAGCUAACACUUUUAGGAACAGAAAUGGACUAUGUAGAAGACAAAUUGUCCAGUGAAUUUGUUUUCAAUAACCCAAACAUCAAAGGAACUUGUGGCUGUGGAGAAAGCUUUAACAUUUGAAAACUCAGGACUACUUUGGCAUUAAGUACCAAGAAUGAUCGUGCUCAACCAUGUGGCUUUCUAAAGAAAUCAUGUUUCUUUCAGGUUCUGGGCCUUGCAGUGUAUGGCUCCCUUAUGAGGAAAAUAAAGUUAAUGCAUUUUGAAAAUAAAACCAUUGUGUAAAAUUCCAGAAAAAGUGGUCUUUGCACCAUCUUUUAGGUGACAGAUUGAGUUCUCGAAAAUUUCUGAGGAGCACUGUUACUAUUCUAUAAAGAAAAAAACAAUCCUUAUUCUGAGUUUAUACUUCCAUUUGUUAUUUCUCUUCUAACAAAUUUUCAUUGUCCUUAUCUUAUUGAUUAGAUUCAGUCUUGCAUUUCACCUAGUUGUGCACACAGUGGCUAUCUGACAGGUAUAAUUGUGGGAUUCAUCAUUUUUACAUUUCAAUUCCUGAUUUUUGACUCUCAAAAUUCAGAGGCAGAAAAUCUGACUCCUGGUGGCAGAGGACUUUGGAGAUCUCUCACCUAGCCAAAUUUGUCAGAGCCUUUUAAAAUGUUUAUCAAAGCUUUCUUUAUCAGGAGGCCUUAACUUGUAACAGUCUUGGUCACUGAGUAUAGAUAAGAGUUUUUAGGAACACUGUAAAGAAUUUCUAGGUGACAGCUCUUUCUAAAAAUAUAUAUAGCAGGUCCAUAAUUUUUAACUCCUUGUUUCUUCCACUCUAGUUGUCUUCCUGAAGCAUGAGUCCUAAGCUCAAUUAGAAUUUAAGGGCUGGAUAGGAUCGUAUAUGCCAUCUAGUCCAGCGCCCAAAGGCCUGAUACGGUGGGGCAGCCUCCCCAGGGUCACGUCCUUGAGAUCAUGGAACUAGCUAAUGGCAAAGCCAGGACCAGACUGAAGUUUCUUAACUCACAGACAGGCUUUCCACUGGGCCACAGUGCCUCGUUAAAGAUCCAUGUCCCUUAUCUCCUCAGAAGUCAUACAGAUUGUCUGUGUCUAUGCUUUUAGGCAGUAGAGGGAAGUGCAGGAUCUGUAUUUGUCUUGACUGUGAAAAGAAGAAAGUGACUUUUUUAGCUGGUUGACUUGUUAACUGAAUUCCUUAGUCCUUCAGUUAAGUGGAGUACUGUUUUCUUUAAGUGACAGAAUUUGUAGAGAAAGUUGUUUUAAUUGCAUUCUUUCUUUACAUCUCUACAACCACAGUUCAAAAACUGAAAGAGAGUGAGUAAUGGAGCAACCUGAAAAUCCUUUUUAAAAAAAUUAGUGUGACUACUAUAGCUGUUGUGCUCCCCUUCAGUAGAAUAUGGUUGUCUUUUCUAAAGUUUCAAAUUUAAUAUUUUCUGAAUCCUAACUUCUAUUGCUGGAAGAUUAAAGGAAUAGCCUUUUUUAAAAUGAACGUAAACUAAUACUCUUCCCCACUGUUUUUUCUGACAGUGUUCAUUUUAUAUCCUAGGUCUUGAUUCUGCAGGGUUUGACAUAUUGAAUGCUUUAUUUUGUGUGAUAGUAUCUGUGCUUCGUGUUUGAAAGUUAACACUGUCAGAACUGAAGUAGUUUUGAGUUCCUUUAAAUACGAUUGUCACGUUCAUAUCCUGCUCACUUGCAUCCUGUUCAUAGGAACCUGACGCACAACACGCACAAAACUUUAAGAAGUAAUAUUAUGUAAGUGAUGGUAACAACUUGUGUAGUAAAUAUUAUUUUGUUGAUCCAUUUAUAAUUUGUGCAAUAUUGUAUGUAGAAAUCUUUGUUGCCAAUAAAAUUGUAUCCUCUGUAUAA